UCACCACGUUCACAAUAGUGACCCAGAGCUCCUAUUUUAUGCAGCGUCCUGCAACCAAUCAAUUUAAAACUAUGCUUAACAAGUGAUACAUGUAUUUUAAAGUAUACCUGUCUCCUGUGCAGCACAAACAACAGCAGCUCAAUGAAACUUGUAGUAACAAUCUUUUUUAUUUUUUUUUUUAUUUUUAUUACAAACAAAAUGUUCACAGUAUGCUGUAAAGUUCUGAAAGGAGCAGAGUCAUAUUAAAGCAGGAAAGGAGAAAGCAAAAGGAAUUCUUUGAAAAGAAGAGACUUAAAUCAAAGAUGAAGCUUCUGGAAACAUCAUCUCCUAAAAGUUCAGCAGUCAGUUUAGAUCUUCUCAAUCUAUAUGUUGUUAACCAAAUAUCAACCAAAAAAGACAGCACUGUGAACCAGAAGAAGCCAGUUCAUAUUGAUAUCACUGGACACUUAAAAGCUCCUGUUAGAAGGUACAAUCUCGAUCUUCCCAAGUCACCGCUGCAUAAACAAUAUCCAGAAAACUUAGACCUCAUCCAGAACAGGUUACAAGAGCAAGUAUUGGACAGCAGAAGGAAGCAUCUCUUAGAGAAGGGAAAAUACCAGCAUGAUUUACCACAAGUAACAGAACUAUCUUAUGCUGACUCUGGUAUGGAACAUGAAGACAGCACAGCAACAGCUUUUAGCACCUGUCCAUUGUCCCCUUCUGUUUUUUGGUCCUCCAACUGUGCACAGUUUUCAGAAGAAAAUUUCAAUACAAACCUAAUGGGCAACCCUUGGGAAGAGACCUAUGAAGAUAAGCAGCAAAACCAGCCAGGAAUUAUUUCGGAUCAAGACCCUUGGCUUUCAAAACACCUGAGCCAGUGUAUUUUAAGGAAGUCUGAUACAGUGCCUCCGGAGCUGUUUGAGCCAGUGCACAGGCUGGACUAUAUGAAUUCUGCCAGGAAAAAUCCGGUGAUAAUGACCAGUAAAGAAUCAGAAAACAGUGAAGGAAUAAAAGAACCAUUGUUUGGUGUCGUGAAAGAAACCACAGAACUGAAAGCUCCCCAGCAUGAAAGUGAUUGUCCCUUUCUGGCACUGUUUGAAGAUGAGAGCCAGUCAAUCCAUAAUAUUUCUUCCACAAGGCAUUUUAAUCCUUUUGUUAACCAAAGCAGUACUCCCAAUUUUUUCAUUGAUCUUGAAGACAGAAAUCAAAUGACCAACAGAGAUUAUCCUUACGAUACUGGAGAAGCUCAUCCUGCAAUUAAAGCCCAAAACAAAUCCGUAGACAGACACCUGAAAGGCAUUUUCACAGCUCCAGAACAGGUUUUGUGUAAAAAUAACAAUGCAUCACUUGCAAGCUACCAGAAGGGCAGAUUUCAUAAAACCCACCUGCAGGACUGUCAUGAGGGACAGCACUACUUCGUACCAUCUGGAAACAAAGAAAAGCCUUCGAUAUUUGAAAAAAGUGAGACAUUUGCUUAUUAUCAUGAUCAGCAGACUAACUUAAAGGAAAAUGUGCAGAACUAUUCACUAAACAAAAGAGAUGAGCCUGUGAAAGAAGCAGUCUGGAAACAGAAUCAGCUCUUUGGAUUUGAAGAGUUUGCAACAGCACAAGAGGAAGAAUGUAAGUUGGGAGUGAGUUCAAACCUUCACAAGAAGAAGAAAGCUCAAAUUUCAGAUGUGGAGUCACCACUCAGCAGCCCCUCACCCAGCUACUCACCAAGACAGACAGAAAGCUGUUUCAGCUCUAGUCCUGACAUGUCUGAAAAGGAAGACACAGCCAAGAAGAAGUAUGUGGACAAACGGUGUUACCAGACAGGCAAUGCCAACACCUCCGGCUCAGCAAGCCCCAAGGCCCCUCACAGUGGACCUGAGCCUCUCCAGCACUGCAGGAGUUUGACCAGGGUGGAAGACAACUAUCUUCAGCAGAAACACACUACUUCACAUGCCACAGAGGAGGCAAAUAAAGACCAGGCUGCCCCAGGUGAGGGCAGCUCCUUACACCAAACCCGUAAAAAAGAGCACGUCAGUGCCAGUACGAGGCGUGAUGGUUGGUCACAGACUGAAAGCUGUGCCCCAGAAGCAGGGAGGGUGGAUGUUGCCACCCAGUGUGACACCAUGCGGGUGUGCAGCUGUGGGAGCUCCCUCCUGUCUGCCCGCAGCCCCGAGGGGCUCCCUCCUCCCGGCACCACUGGAGGGCACAAAAUGCCAGAGCAUGAGGCAAUGCAGCCUGCAGGCACAGGCAGCGCAGCAGGAAAGGCAGCGUUUUCUUCUGAAGCCGAGUAUCUGAGUUUGGCAGACAAAACAACUCUAGAGGUUCUGAACUACAUCGAUGUCAUGAAGGAGAGAGAAAAGCAGUGAGCAAAUAGAAUGGCCUGUAAGGGAUACUGAAAUAAUACUUCGAAGUUUUGUCUUGUUCUAAGUAGGUUUAAUUUAAUUGUCAUAUCUUGAUUUGUCUAGCCUGGCUAGACAAAAUAUUGUUGUUAUAACUUAUUGUUGUUACUUAUACAUUAUUACUUACUUUGGAUCUCUAUCUACCUUCUCCAACUAUGGAUUUCUGUAAACCUCUGACUGUUAACAACGAUUUUACAACAGCUUAUUGAACAUAAACCUUAGGAACUAGAUUUGCUUCCCCACCAUAUACCUGUAGGAUUGUGUGUUUUGAGGAUGAUUUUGCUUCUCAGGAAGGUAGUGGAGAGAUUCAAUUUCACUUCAAGACACAUUUGAUGUGACUCUUAGUUCAGAACUACUGUCUGAUUUUUACCCAUUUUAACAGGCAAACUAGCCUUUGCCCUAUGUUUGUACUAAAUAUGAAAAUGAAAACAUAAAAGUGACACAGAAAAUGCAGAUCUGCACACAUAAAAUAAAAGGUACUUUUAAAGGAACUAAUUUAUUAUUUUUUAACAAAACAAACAACAACAACAAACCCAAAUGCUUAAACUUCCUUCCACAGCAGUCUAUUGAUUAGUCUCUGUUAAUACUGUUAAUACUGACUGUUAAUACUGACAAAUCUUUUAUGUGUUUCUGCGUUUUGCCAGCAGGUUGAAAAUAUGAAAUGAUUCUUUUUCCUUAUUACAGUAUUCGUUUGAAGCUACAAAUAACAAAUAAAGUUUCCUGAUAAUAUUGUUUCUAGGCUAUAUUCUUUCCAUUUAAAAUAGUUCCUAGUAAAGAUGACUCACUGUGUUGUGGACACCUUCUGCUUAUAUUUCCAUACAUCCUUCCAUAAAUGCAUGUAAGCUAUGUUUCAGGCUAGUCCUUAC